AUGUGCUACAUGGGUCAUCGUGCCUUUUUGCCUGAGGAUCAUCCAUGGAGAGCUAACAAGAGAUCUUUCAAUGGAAAAGUAGAACAUAGGCAAGCUCCACCAUUAUUGUCGGGUACUGAAGCUUUAAGUCAGUUGGAAUAUGUGGAUAAUUCAUUUGGGAAACUAAAACCAAAGAAAGAUGGUCCAUGGAAGAAGAGGUCAAUAUUCUUUGAUUUACCUUAUUGGCAGUAUAAUACAUCACGACACAAUCUAGAUGUGACGCAUAUAGAAAAGAACAUAGUUGAUAGUAUUUUUAGAACUCUCUUGGAUAUUUCUGGCAAGACAAAAGAUCACACAAAUGCUCGAUAUGACUUGCAAGAAAUGGGCAUUCGAAAGAACCUUCACCCCAAGAAAACAAAUGGUAGCAAAAAAGGUGAAGCUGGAAAAGAGAGAAGAAUAUCUGGUUAUAAGACUCAUGAUGCUCAUUUCAUGCUUCACUAUUUGUUACGAAUUCCUAUCAAAGGAAUACUUCCAGAUCAAGUUCCAGUUCCUUUGAUUCGACUUGGCUCAUUUUUUCGUCAAUUGUGUCAAAAAAGUCGUCCUGAAGGAUCUAUUGCAGAGGCAUAUUUGGUUGAAGAAUGUUUGACAUUUUGCUCGCGUUACUUACAUUCUGGUGUUCAAACAAAAUUGAAUAGACAACCCAGAAAUAAUGAUGAACCUAAUAAUUCUAUGAUGGAAACUACAGAUGCAUUUUUGAAUCUAUUUCCAAAAAGAGGCGUUCCUUUGGGUGAAAAGAAAGGUGAACCUUUUCUCCUUGAUGACAAUUCUCGAGAGCAAGUUCAUAGCUACAUAUUAUUGAAUUGUCACAAAAUAGACGACUAUGUUAGUGAGCAUGAGACUUAUCAACAAGGAACAAGAUGGAUGAGAGCUAAAAACUAUAGCAAAAACUUUCCUACAUGGUUUAAAACAUGUGCCUUGCGGCAUGAUGUUCCAAAUUGGAUAAAAGAGCUCUCUAGAGGACCAACCCAAUGUGCAAAAAGAUAUUCUGGUUACUUUAUCAACGGAUAUAUAUUUCACACUAGGCAACGUGAGGUAAGACGGAAGACACAAAAUAGCGGUGUUACUUUAGUUGCAUUGACAAUAAGCUUUGCAAGCACAAAGGAUGCAAAUCCAAUUCAUGAAAAUGUUUCUUAUUAUGGUAGAGUGAAUGACAUCAUUGAGUUGGAUUACUAUGGAAAUUUUAAGGUUACAUUGUUCAAAUGUGAUUGGUAUGAGGCUAGGGCGGAUGCUUAUGGCUCGACAUAUGUGCAUUUUAACAAAAAGUGCUAUCAGGAAGACCCUUUUGUAUUGGCAUGUCAAGUGCACCAAUGCUUCUAUGUGCAAGAUGCAUUUGAUAAAAAUAAACAUUAUGUAAUGAAGACUGUUCCAAGGGACCUAUUUAGCAUAAGUGAUCAAGUUGACAUUGAUGCUGAAGAUACUUAUGAAAAUGAGCCAUUUGAUAAUUCGACGGUUCCUUCUAUACCUAAUGAUGAUGGUGAAGUAGACUUGGUAAGGAAUGAUUUGAAUGAAGUUCUCGUCGAUGUUGCAAAAGAAGUCUAUUUUUCCCAAGAGUAUAACACAGGAUCGGAUGAAGAAUAUGAUUCCGAAGACUUUUGA